AAACCAGUGGAUAUUACCAACCAAUAGCAGCGUGUUACGCGUGUAUUUAUUCAUGAGAUGCGUUUUGUUAUUUCACGAUGACUUUCGAGGUGCAUUAAAUAUUAACACGGCAUCAAAUAACUGAGAGGGAUUCAUACUACUAAUAUCACUGAAACAUGUCGGCACAACUACGGCUGAAGUGAGUCGACCAUCUAGUUUGGGUAGUGAGUCUUUCCUCUCGCCGAACGGAGCCAACGGGAGCCUCGUCUCUCUGUGCUGAACGGGUGGUGUGUCGGCUUCAAUGGGUGUCCGGCCAGGAGGAGGCUUCGUUCACCUGCGUAGGUCUACCGGGGGGAAGAUGGAGCGCCGUCAGUGGUGGAAGAGGCUCCCGUCGCCUUCGCCUAACAUGAGCUACGAGUGUUGAAGGCUGCGACCGUUCUGCGUCUUCUGCUUCGCCGGUCCUGUGACGAUGUGAGGAGCAGAAGGCCCGAUCAGCGGGGAGAGGGAAUCGGACCGCCGACUCUGAAGCCAGCGCAUGACCGGCGCUCACUGUGAAGACGCGAGGGCGGAGUCCACGGGAGCCAAUCGGUGAAAUGCGUCUCGGCGUUGACGACCGGCCCGACCGAUAAGAAUCCCCCCCCGACCCGUCUCUUCCUCUUCGGCGAGUUCUCCGCCUCUUCGACAACCGCUCGCCAUGCGUCCGUCCCUCGCCACGGCGGUCCUGCCGCCCAGGACCCGAUCCCACAAUCCACCCAACCUGGCAGUGGGGGGCCGGGAACACCUGGCGGCUCCGCGGAGGCGCAGCCCCCACCUGCGGCACACCCUCAGCCCGGACAACCUGCGCACCCUGGCGGAGAGGGGCGGGGCCGCCUCCGACGCCGCCUCCGUCAUCAGCGGCCCCGUCGGGCUCCUGCGGGCCAACAGCGACACAGAUCUGGUGACCUCCCAGAGCCGGUCCUCGCUCACGGCGUCCACGCUGGAGCACACGCUGAACCGCGGCCAGAACCUCGUCAUAUCCUGGGACAUCAAGGAGGAAGUGGACGCCACCGACUGGAUCGGGCUGUACCACAUCGAUGAAACCAGUCCGUCCAACGUGUGGGACUGUAAGAACCGAGGGGUGAACGGCACCCAGAAGGGUCAGAUUGUCUGGAGGCUGGAGCCCGGGGCCUACUUUAUGGAGCCGGAGACUAAGAUCUGCUUCAAGUACUACCACGGAGUGAGCGGAGCCCUGAGAGCCACGACGCCCUGCAUCACAGUGAAGAACCCUGCAGUCCUGGUGGAGGGCCUGGCGGAGCAGGUGGGCGUCGAACAUCCACGAAAACUCAUCAGCUUCACUCUGACCGAUCUGCGUUCUACCGGCAUGAAGAAGGGAAUGUUUUUCAAUCCGGACCCGUACCUGAAAAUGUCCAUCCACCCGGGGAAGAGGAGCGUCUUCCCCAUCUUCAGCCACCACGGUCAGGAGCGGCGGUCGGCAAUCAUCGCCAACACCACCAACCCCGUCUGGCAUGGAGAGAAAUACACGUUUGUAGCUCUCAUGACGGACAUCCUGUACAUCGAGGUGAAGGACAAGUUUGCCAAAAGUCGACCGAUCAUCAAACGCUUCCUCGGUCAGCUCACUAUCCCCGUGCAGCGGCUCAUCGAAAAAAUACCCGGAGUCCAGCCGGUGAGCUUCCCCCUGUGUCGCCGUCUGCCCACUGAACACGUUAGCGGCCAUUUGCAGUUCAAAGUGGAGCUCACGUCGACUGGGCCCGACGGCGCCUCUCCCGAGUCCAUCAUUGGCCACUCCCCCUUGAACGGAGCUCCGGGGACUCCGUCCGACGACGAGGACCUGCCCCACCAUCUUCCAGGACUGGUUUCAUCGGGCCCUUCUCCCACCGGCUCCCAUGGCUCCCAGAGCAUGUGGGAAGGCGGGGCCACGGCCUACCCAAAAAAGGACCUGCCUCUCGUCGGAGCCCAGGGUCGAUUCGCGGAGCACGAGAGCCUGUCGUGCCACGCAAUGCUCCAGAGGUCGCUCAGCGAGGGCCUGGACGCCAUCGAGGCCCCCAAAGGCCCCGGGGCGAGGCCCCUGGGCGCGGCCUCGCCCAAACUGCGCUCCAGCUUCCCCACUCACACGAGGCUCAGCGCCAUGUUGCACAUCGACUCCGACGAGGAUGACGAGAGGUCCGGCGCCAACGACAUCGUUCCGCUGCCGCUGUCGCCGCUGCUGACGAACGGAGAACCUCCGGACGACAGCGGCCCCGAUGAAGACGACCCGUUCCCCGAGUUCCACCUGUGGCCGGAGCGGCGGGAGCCCUCGGCGCCGACGGAGGAGCCCGCGGGCGCGGCGGGCGGCGCGACGGAAGACCGUGAACCGGGCCUCCCCGAGGCGGAGGUGGCCCCGGAGUUGCGGGCGGGUCCGGACUCGGAGGAUGUUUCGGAGCCGGACGUCUUCUCCGAAGUGGAGGAGGCUCCGUUCGCGGAGGCCGUGUCCCAUAAUGCCGUUGCAGAGGGGGAAGGAACGGGGCCGGGCGACGACCCCUCCUCAGAGAUGGACACCUGCUCCAUGGCAACAGCCCCGCAGACGGUCCUCUCGUCGUCAGAGAGCUGCCCAAUCACAGUGACGACGGCGGUGGAAGCGGAGGAGGGAGCGGAGACGGCCAUCGAUCCGAGGGGAGACGUCGUUUCCGGAACCCCGCCAACCAAUCACGCCGUGGACGACGAGGGGGGCGGGCAGGCCGCCAUCGCCGAGGCCGCGCGGGAAGCCGCCCCCCCGCCCGGCGACCCGGCGGCGGUCGAGGAGAUCGGCGUGAGGAGGCUGAGCCUGCAGGCUGCGGGAGGCGUGGCUGAAAGACGGGCGGGGGAGGAGGCGAAACCCAACGAGGAGGCGGGCUCCGCUGAUUCGGACCAGACCGCCACGGAAACGGAUGGAGAGGAAGGACCUCACGUUAACGGCCAUCCUGUCUGCUCGCUCCCGUCUGUGCGUCACGACAUCCACCGAUACCAACGCGUGGACGAGCCUCUACCUCCCAACUGGGAGGCUCGGAUCGACAGCCACGGGAGGAUCUUCUUCGUGGACCACGUGAACAGAACCACGACGUGGCAGCGGCCCACCGGACCCCCGGCCCCGCAGGGCCUGACCCGCUCCAACUCCAUUCAGCAGAUGGAGCAACUCAACCGCAGGUACCAGAGCAUCAGGAGGACCAUAACCAACAGCGACCGGUUGGAGGAAACCCCCGCGGAGCCUCCGGAACCCGAGGGUGAACUGAUGCCUCACUCCAUCUCAGAAUACCGGCGAGAAAGUGCCGUCGCUCACUCCAGCGGCCGCUCGCGCCUCUCCCUGCUGCUCCAGUCGCCCAGCGCCAAGUUCCUGUGCAGCCCCGACUUCUUCACCGUGCUGCAUUCUAACCCCAGUGCCUACCGCAUGUUUACCAGCAACACCUGCCUGAAGCACAUGAUCAGCAAGGUGCGUCGGGACGCCCACUACUUUGAGCGCUACCAGCACAACCGCGACCUCGUCACCUUCCUCAACAUAUUCUCCAACAAGCAGCUGGAGCUUCCCCGCGGCUGGGAGAUGAAGCACGACCAUACCGGGAAGCCCUUCUUCGUGGAUCACAACUGUCGCUCCACGACCUUCAUCGACCCGCGGCUCCCUCUCCAGAGCUCUCGCUCCACCGGGCUGCUGGCCCACCGCCAGCACCUGAGCCGCCAGCGCAGCCACAGCGCCGGCGAGGUGGUGGACGACUCUCGCCAAGCCAACCCGCCCGUCACGCCGCGCCCGUCCAGCACCUUCAGCGGCUCCAGUCGAAGUCAGUACCACGAUGUGGUGCCUGUGGCCUACAAUGACAAGAUAGUGGCGUUUCUACGGCAACCCAACAUCGUGGAGAUCCUCCAGGAAAGGCAACCCGAGCUCGCCAGGAAUCCCUCGCUCAAGGAGAAAGUUCAGUUUAUUCGCACUGAGGGAGUAACAGGGCUGGCUCGACUCUCUAGCGACGCCGACCUCGUCAUGCUGCUGAGCUUAUUUGAGGAGGAGGUGAUGUCAUUCGUGCCGCCGUUGCUCCACGCAAAUUACUGCCUCUCGUCUCCCCAGAGCUCCCCCGGCACCCAGCGAGCCAACGCCCGUGCUCCCGCUCCCUACAAGCGUGAUUUUGAGGCUAAACUGAGGAACUUCUAUCGAAAGCUGGAGACCAAAGGCUACGGACAGGGACCGGGGAAAGUCAAGCUCAACAUACGCAGGGACCACCUCCUGGAGGACGCCUUUAACCAAAUCAUGUGUUACUCCCGUAAAGACCUGCAGCGGAGCAAACUCUACGUCAGCUUCGUGGGCGAGGACGGGCUGGACUACAGCGGGCCGUCCAGAGAGUUCUUCUUCCUGGUGUCCAGAGAGCUGUUCAACCCGUACUACGGCCUGUUCGAGUACUCGGCCAACGACACGUACACCGUCCAGAUCAGCCCCAUGUCGGCCUUCGUAGACAACCACCACGAAUGGUUUCGCUUCAGCGGGCGCAUCCUGGGCCUGGCCCUGGUCCAUCAGUACCUGCUGGACGCCUUCUUCACCCGACCCUUCUACAAGGGGCUCCUUCGCAUCCCGUGUGACCUGAGUGACCUGGAGUUCCUGGACGAGGAGUUCCACCAGAGCCUGCAGUGGAUGAAGGACAACGACAUCGAGGACAUGCUGGACCUCACCUUCACUGUGAACGAGGAGGUCUUCGGACAGAUCACAGAGAGAGAGCUGAAGCCCGGGGGGGCCGGUAUCCCCGUGUCGGAGAAGAACAAGAAGGAGUACAUCGAGCGCAUGGUCAAGUGGCGGAUCGAGCGGGGAGUGGCCCAGCAGACCGAGAGCCUGGUCCGAGGCUUCUAUGAGGUGGUGGACGUGCGUCUGGUGUCGGUGUUUGACGCCAGGGAGCUGGAGCUGGUGAUCGCCGGCACGGCGGAGAUCGACCUGUCAGACUGGAGGAACAACACCGAGUACAGAGGAGGUUACCAUGACAACCACAUAGUGAUUCGCUGGUUCUGGGCAGCUGUGGAGCGGUUCAACAAUGAGCAGAGGCUGAGACUGCUGCAGUUUGUGACCGGCACCUCGAGCAUCCCCUACGAGGGAUUCGCCUCUCUGCGGGGCAGCAAUGGACCCCGCAGGUUCUGUGUGGAGAAGUGGGGGAAGAUCACCUCCUUGCCCAGGGCUCACACUUGCUUCAAUCGCCUGGACCUGCCCCCGUACCCCUCCUUCUCCAUGCUCUAUGAGAAGCUGGUCACCGCCGUGGAGGAGACGAGCACCUUCGGUUUGGAGUGACCUCCAAUCGACUUCAUCUCGGGAGGGAGAACUAUCCGGGGGAAAAAAUCCACCGUUCUCGCUGAGAAGAGACAUGGAAACUAAACUAAUAUCCUCAAAUGGCAACUAACCCCCCCCACCCACUCCAUCACCUUCACCCGUGGACAACUCUGCACAUGUUUUGUUUGUGUUUCCCCGGCUGGCUUCUCUCAGGCUCCGUUCCGAUUCUCCGCCUCUCUCGCGCAUCUCGGAGAAGUCUGUGAAGUGAACGCCUUCUGGAGGAAAGGAGGACAGUCGGAGAGCGGUCUGGAGAGCUGCUCAGGACAACUUCUUGUGUUCAUGGUACCCGUUGUCCAUUGAGCCACAUGUGUGCUUCAGCUCCUCAGUGUACUGGAUUUCUAGCUCCUCCUCCUCCUCUUCCUCUUCCUCCUCCUCCUCCAACAAACACUAAGCUCCACUCUCCUUCUCUGGACCUCAAAACUGUGUCCUUUCUGCACUGAGUCUGCAACGUUAUGAACUCUAACACACACACGCUAACCACCUUUGCACAACACACACACACACACACACAACAUAAGACAUGUUGGUUUUAUUGAUGUUGCAAACCAGUGUUUCCCCCCCAAGAUUUUUUUUAUCAGCAUAGAAAGAUGUGACAUUUUAGAACUGGAUGUUGGCUGGUCCUCCUCGCCUGUCUGAGAGUCGGGGAUACACUGGAGUGCACAAAGACACACACACACACACACACACAGAUAAACGUACACAAAUUGUAUGUGGACUAAAAAUACACUUGUUUUUUCAUCGUUUUAAUUGCUGAAUUUGAAAGCUGGACAAUGCGUCUCAAAUCUUCAGCGACACCGACGGACAGCGAGCUCUGGUCAGGACGUUAACCCCCGAGCUGCCGCGUCAUCGGAGCUCUCACGCGGACACGGAAGGUACGGACACACCUGAGACACGCGGCCCUGUUCCUGCAUAUACUCACCAAGGUAUCCGGUAUCACACACACACACACACAGAUAAUUGCAGCAGCGGGGGCACUUUCCUGCAGUGUGACCGACGCGGCACUCGUACCGGACACGCUUCAGACGGACGUGUUCCUGUCUGACGGAACGGUUCCACGCGGGCGUCACGAGCAACAGAUGCACUUUCUCUCACAGGCAGGUGACGGCCGCUCAUAAGUACGACACGGCCCCUCUCACCGAUGUGACCCCCGCCCCCACCCAACCUAUGAAAGGGACGAUUGUACCAAAUAAGUGACCGAAUGUAUGAACCUCGAGCGACUCUGUUUUCGGCCGUGGAGGAAGACUUCGCGGAGGGAAGGGAAAGGUGACGCGGUUGCUCGAGGAAGGAGGGCGACGUCGUGCCCUGACGCUGGCACCGGAUUCGGAAAGAUACCAGCCGGGUGUCAGGCCCAGGAACUUGGUCCAGAUACGGUGGUGAUACCUUUUUUUUAGUGCCUCCUGGGUUUUCCUGACCAUAAGGUGACAUUUCAUAAGGAAAGCUAUUUUUUUUUUUCUUGUAGAAAUGAAAUUGCAAACAAAGAAAGAAGAAAAAGGAUCCACGUGUCUCCCAAAUGAAACCUGAAUGUAGUCGCGGUUUGAAAUUCCCAAAGCAGAUGUGAACACCAGGGGGCGGUAGAGUGUGCCGUCGUUAUGUGAAGAACCAGUGGUUCCCUCCUUUCUGAGGGAGCCGGACAGGUGUGAUGAAGACGUGUGGAUAUAUUAUACUACAGAGCGUUUGGCAUUCAACUCCAUGCCAGGCAAUAGUUUUGUCUUAUAAGCAUGUGAUUCAAUUUAUCAAACUCUCAAGUGCACGACCCCCCCUCCCCCUCUCCUCCUUUUUGCUCAGUCUCACACACACACACACACACACUUUCUUACAUGCACACAAAUACACACACAUACUCGUUUUCUAUGGGGUGCAUGCAAGAUUACACCUACUGUACAGAGUCCCGUUGGAGCCAAACCACAUGGGGGAGGGUGGGGGGCUGAAAUAGAGAUGGCCCACGUGGAGGCAGACUGUUGUACCCAAGACCCCCCCCCCCCAAACCCCUCGUACCCUGCCCAAUACUGCAUGCGGGAUCUUCCCGGUCAGCUCUGUGAGCCGCGCCGCGGGCAGAAACCCCUAGAUGGCGUUGUGUUAUAGCUCGAUAUUGCAUGCUGAAAUAGUGCAACACACACCGUCCUUACUGGCUUUUUUUGCAUGAGGAUAUUGCUAUCCAAUCAGAAAAAAUAGGGGGGGUGGGGGAGGGGGGGCGAGGGAGCUGGUCAAGUUGCGCCAUUUCUGGGCGUGUCACUCACUCGAGGCAUGCGGCCUUCCGCUCACCUGGCACUGCCAAGCUCACGGGAAUCGACAGGUGCUCCCGUGGCGUCGCUCCGGGAAUGAAGCGCGAGUGCAGUCGUGUAUCUGCGGGGCGGCGAGUGUCUCGGCAGCAUGUUUCAAAAAGAAAAGAGAAGAGAAAACAAGGUGUUGUUACUUUCACACGUCUGCCUAUCUUAGUAAGAGGUCGGUGGGUCAUGGGUCAUCAAUAGGGCUGUUUUUGAUUUUGUGAAACGUGAGAGCACAUGUUCGUGUACCAUGUGUGCGGUCCUUGUUCGUCUCUUUGUAUAUAAAUGUAUAUGUACGUCCGUCCUGUUGUGUGUAUAAAUAUAUAUUUUGCACCGAAUGUACCAAAGGUUUGGGGCUUGCAAAGUCAACCAUUAGGCCUGCUCUCUCUCUCUCUCUCUCUAACCAAACACAUCCCACUUCUGGCUCCUGCCAAAUCCUUACAGACCAUCACCUCAUCCGAUGUGUGGCAUGGACAACACAGCGUACAUUCACCUGGCUCAGUUUGACGGUCUCUCCAUCAACGAGGCUUCCCUGCUGCAGGAGGCGAGUGAGACUGAUCCCUUGCUUCACAUCCAGGUGGAGGCAGCUGCACCUCUCUUUCUCUUCCUCUCAGUACAUUUCCACGUCUCCGGUUUUCAGAAUUCCACUCUAUGCAAAGCUCCUGUGUGUGUGUGUCUCCAUUUCACCCCAAUGAUUGUAAUAAAAGAGAACAAAUGGCAAAUUUU